AUGUCCAACGUUCUCUCCCUUCUAGGCUGGGCCUUUCUGCCCAACCUAGUUACUGGCUGGGUGCAAUCAAUCUACUACGGCAUCGCCAUCCGCGCCGGCGACCCUAAGCCGCAACCCGGUUCCGCCAAAUAUGCAACUCACCGUCGUCGAAUCCACAUCCUCGUCGUCUCCUUCUACCUCCUCUACACCCUCAUCGAGGCCGACCGCACCCUUCGAGUGCAGGGCACAUUCUACACCGACCUCGAUGUCGCCGUCAACGCUCCCGUGCGCAUUAUAAAGUCCCGCUUCCGCCGUCUCGCCGCCGUCUACCACCCAGAUAAGGCGGGCGCCGGUGGGGACACGGGCGCCGCUGCCGCGCGCUUCAUGCACCUCAAGACCGCCUCCGAGACACUCUCGGACUCGGCCCGCCGUUUUGCGUACGAACGCUUCGGCCCCGAGGUCGGCGCCUGGCAAAACUGCAAGACCAUCCACGAGUACGUCUCCCGCGGCAUCUUCCAGGGGACGAUUCCGUAUUACGGCAUUGCGGCCGCUGCGACGUACGGGUUGGGCUUGCUGGGAUACCUCGAUUGGGGACGGUACUGGCGCUGGGUGGUUCUCGUCACAUUCUUCGUCGCGGAGCUGAUCGUCGUCACGCGUCCCGAGAUGCCGCCCUUCCUCUCCGUCCUCAACACAGUGCUCAGUACGGCCCUACGUCGCCCGCCCUACUUGCAGUUUCAGCUCGUUUCUCUGGCUCGCCAGGCCGCUGUCACGAUAUACAUCGCCUUUGGCCAGAUCGGGCCACUCAUCAACCCGCAGGGUCAGGCGGCGCAGAAGGCGGCUGAAAGCUCGGCCGCUGCGGUCGACGAGGGUCUGCAGCGGCUUGAGAUGAUUGCGCGCGGUCUGGACGGCGAGACAAGCAGACUGCUGGAGAUGGAGAUGACCCCAUUCGCGGGCGACAAGGAGGCUCUGAGUAGCGUCCGUUCCAAGGUCAGGGAUUGGCUUGUACAGAACACCAUUCGUGCGGACCCAAUGGUUAGAGAUGCUAUUGGCAAGUCGUUCCAGAAGCGAAGGGUCGAUGCACCCGCAGGUGCGAAAGGCAACAGAUAG